AUGGCCUUGAGAGUUGUUCAAUUGCUGAUCAUAUUUGUACUAGCCCUGGCCACCUACAAAAGGGUCCUUGCAAGUGAUCCCGACAUCCUUUCCUACUACAUAGUCCCGGAAAAUAACACAGUUGAUGCUAAUUUCUCUACUUACACUGGAUUCCGGGACAUAUUCGAUGAUGUUCCUGGAACCUUUAACAUAACGAAAGCUGCCUUGGCUGAGUUCCCUGCUCUUAAUGGACAGAAUGUGUCAUACGCUGUGCUUAAAUAUCCUACGAACGAGGACUCUCCUCCUCACACCCACCCUCGGCCGGCUGAACUUCUAUUCCUUGUUGGUUCCUUGGAAGUAGAGUUCGUGGACAAGAAAAACGUUCUAUAUACUCAGAAGCUUAAAGUUGGAGACCUAUUUGUGUUUCCUAAGGGAUUAGUCCAUUGCCAGUAUAACUCAUAUGCUAAUUUACCAGCCUACGCCAUUUCAGCAUUCGGAAGUGCAAAUGCUGGAACAGUUUCA